AGAUUCGUCGCGCGGAGUGUGACGUCACGCACGGGCCAGCGUGUGCCGUGGGCUGAUUGGUCGUGGCGGUGCGGGGCGAGCGGAGCCGCGCGGGGAGGGAGCGGCUGGGACGGGAUGGCCGGGAGUCCGUCGGGCCGGGGCUGAGCGGGGCGAGGAGUGGGAGCCCUGCAGCAGGUAUCAGUGAGGUUAACGUUUGAGCUGAGUGAAACGGGCCCGGAGCUGAAGGAUGGCAGCAAAUCCCUCGGGACAAGGUUUCCAGAAUAAAAAUAGGGUUGCAAUCCUGGCAGAACUAGACAAGGAGAAGAGAAAAUUACUUAUGCAAAACCAGUCUUCCACAAAUCACCCUGGAGCCAGCAUUGCACUUGCAAGAUCACCUCUAAACAAGGAUUUCCGUGACCAUGCUGAGCAACAGCACAUUGCAGCUCAGCAGAAGGCUGCACUGCAGCAUGCGCACGCACACUCUUCAGGAUACUUCAUAACUCAAGACUCUGCAUUUGGAAAUCUUAUUCUUCCUGUCUUACCUCGGCUUGAGGCAGAAUGAGCGAUGCUGUUUCUCAGAACUGCAAAGUCUGAUCUUAGCCAUAAGCAGGAACUGUCUGAUUUGUUAAUUCCUUUACUUUUGAAUCUGAAAUCCUGUUUCAUUCUGGAUUCUAGUGGUUGCCUUUGGAAGUGCCAGUUCAACUAAUGAAAAAGCAUUGUUGUUGAGCAGAGAUGUUUAUUCUGUGUUUCAGGCUGAAGUCAGACAUAAGACCUCCUUGGUGUGUCAAGUGCAUGGUGCUUGCUCAUUUCUUCCUUUUUAAAUAAAUGUCCAAACCAGAGUCUUCAAGAGAUGUACACAAUAAUAAAGAACAUAAAUGCUGUUAAAGUAUACAA